AAAAACAUUAUUAAGUGUAAGAUUUUGAUUUAAAUGCUAACUCUGUUGUGUUUAACACCGCUUGAAGUUUUGAAAAAAAAAAAAAUAUAUAUCUGCUGUUGAACUUGAUGCCACAGAGUAAAAUUUGUAAUCAUGGCUGCAAAGAAUGGCAUGAUUUCCAAAGGACCAGUUUUGAGGAAAAGAAACAAAAAAGAUAAAGAUGUGAGUGGUACAGCUAGUCAAAAUGGUGCAGUGAACAAUGGUGGUGCAUCAGAAGAGAGCAGUGUUCUCACAGAAGAGCAUAGGGGAGGAGAGGAAGCCAGCAUGGGUGGAAUUGUUCACAAUUUUCUACCUAAAUGGUUACAAGAACCGGAAUAUUUUGUUACAGCGAAAGAAGAGGCUCCUCAAGCUCAUGUGAUUCAUCGACAUGCCGACUCCAUGUUUAGCACUUCGAGUGGAUUCACCAAUUACAGGGGGCUGCUAAACUUGUGCAUCGUUCUGCUGGUUUUGUCCAAUGCCAGAUUGUUUCUUGAGAACAUUAUCAAGUAUGGUAUCCUCAUAGACCCUGUGGCCUUAUUAAAGGUGUUUCUGAGAAACCCGUACAGCUGGCCCAAUGUCAUCCUUGUCCUUGUGUCAAAUGUUUUCAUUUUAAUUACAUUCUAUUUGGAAUGUGCAUUAUCAAAGAACUGGUUGUCAGAGAGGUUAGCUGUGAUCAUUCACACGCUGAACCUGGCUGGGGUGCUGAUUGUUCCUGCUGCUGUUAUCCUUGUGAAACACCCAAAUCCAGUGUUCUCAUCCUUUACACUGGGGAUGUACUCGGUGGUUUUCCUGAAACUUGUCUCGUAUAUCUGUGUUAACAAGUGGUGCCGUCAGCAAAAGAAUAGCUUCAAGGAUCGCCGGAGGAAAUCACACAGCGUCUCAGAGUCAGAUAACUCUAAUAUACCAGGCGCAGUAGCAGAAAAGAUUUACGUUCAGUACCCGAAUAACCUGAAUUAUUAUGAUCUGUAUUAUUUCAUGCUGACGCCCACAUUAUGUUAUGAGCUGAAUUUUCCCAGAUCUGCUCGCAUCAGGAAGAGGUUCCUUUUGAAGAGACUCAUUGAAAUGAUUUUUAUUCAUGAACUGAUAGAGUGGACAGCUGUGACAAAAUACUACAUAAACUAUCUGUGCUGUUAUUUCCAGUGGCUAAUUCCAACAGUUCACAAUUCCAUGAAACCACUGCAGGAUUUGGACUUCAAGCGUGUUGUGGAACGUUUGCUCAAACUAGCGAUACCCAAUCACUGUCUGUGGUUGAUCUUUUUCUACUGGUUUUUCCAUUCUUCACUUAACGUCCUGGCGGAGUUGCUGCGCUUUGGGGAUCGGGAGUUCUACAGAGACUGGUGGAAUGCGGAAACUGUGGCUUACUUCUGGGCAAAUUGGAACAUUCCAGUACACAGAUGGGCUCUAAGACAUCUGUACAAGCCUUUACUGAGGAGAGGUUACCCGAGGUCAAUUGCCUCUGUCACCGUGUUCUUCCUCUCUGCCUUUUUCCAUGAGUACCUGCUAAGCAUUCCCUUGCAGAUGUUCAGACUGUGGGCUUUCAGCGCCAUGUUAUUACAGGUUCCCAUGGCGCUGUUUGUCAACCGUUUUCUUCAUGGCAAGUACGGCAAUAUGGCCGUGUGGAUAUCGCUGAUUCUGGGACAGCCGGUAGCCAUUUUAUCCUAUUUCCAUGACUACUACGUUCUGAAUUACCCAGGAGCCAUUGGGGCGGCUGCUAAUGGCACAGAGUCCACACUGAGCUUCUUUGGCUAAAAUACAGGAACUGUCAACCAGCAAGAACAACGUCCCAAGCUGCAAUAUAGAAUUGGGACCAUGAAGGUUUUUUUUGGUUGGAACAAUGACUCAAAAGUUUGCCCUGGAAUCUAUCAUGGGAAAGAUAUAUCUUGUCUCGAAUAUUAUUGAGGAUGACAUUGAACACAAUCAAAGAAAUCUGUUGUCAUGACCACACAGCACUUCAUUGUGUUGUGGGAGCUGUUUCACAAGGUACGCACAGUUUCUACGUACGUAAAUACAUCUACAUAUACUGAAGUGAUUUAUAGUAUACAGUACUGGUUGCCUUGGUAACAGUGAGAAAGCAACCUGGUAUACAUAUAUACAUGUAUGCUGUGUGAAUAUGACUCUUUGGCGCUCUUCCACAAAAAUAUUUUACUGCAAAUCUUAAUUACUACAACAACACAAGUCGUAGUGAAUGCAGAUGUUUAUGAGAAUAAAGGCUUGACUCCGAACGCAUGCCAUCUUUAACCAAAAUGUGGCUUGUGGAAUGCUUCAUUGGGAAACAAACCUGGUAGUGAUGAUGGUCGCAGCUAUCAAUUGUGAUACAACCUAACUUUGCAAUUUUGUAACAGCAAAGCUCUACCGAUCUCCUUGUAUUUGGUAAAUAAGGUUGAUCGCAUCUGUUGACAUUGAUGACACUUGUACAUAGCUGUUUUGGGGAGCUGUGAUUGUUAUCUGUUCACAAGACUUACAUGUAUUCUCUUGACUAUUUUGCAACAUCACAUGCUUUAACUGGGCCUAAGCACAUGUGAAGUGGGCCUUGAUUGGCUAAUAACAAACCAUUCAGAUCAGGCUGGCCAAUGAGAUUGCAUAUAGGUAAUGCUAUAUGUGUGGUAAGUGACCCAAAUUUGCCCCCAGAAAUUCAAUUUUAGAAACGAGUAAAUUUCAUAAAAUAUUACUUUUGAAACUUAGUUACUUCCAGUAGGAUAUAUUUGUACCGUCCAUGCAAACUCCAAAACACCUUUCUGAGAUAAAGAGAUCUCAGGAUCAAACACAAAUUUUUCAACUUAGUCAAGGGUGAAAUUUUAGGUUGUGUACAAUAAUGUUUGGGACAGGUCUUCAUCUUAAUAAACAUCUGCAUUUGUUUAAACUAUAGCUACACAUGUUAUACAGAACGAUUACAGGACAAAGAUGAACCAUGUUUGCAAAAACAACAGUCUGGAACGGAGUGCCACUUAUUAUGGGAAAAUAAAUGAAGCAGUUUUGUAAAAGAAAGGGAGUUCCUUAGGUUUGGUAACAUGUCCAGGGUAGGGGAAAUUACCGGAUGACAAAGGAAAUUCCCGAGAUCUGCUAAUGUUUCCUGGGUAAACAUUGGAAACCUAAUGUUAUACAAGGUGUGAAGAUCUGGCAAUUAAUUUCUGGUCUAUAAUUGUAUGUAUUGUAUUGAUGUUCUAUAAUGCAGUAAUGUUGAUCAACGUUGAUAAUGGUAAUUGUUGAUCAACAAAAUUUACAAGUAAUGUCACAUUAUACAUUUAUAUAUUUACAAACUGUUUAUUUUCAUAUACAUUGAGGUCAGUGACCCAAAUGACGAUGACAAGACAUAAAAAUGCAAUUUAAAAAGUAUCAAAAUAUUCACUCAAAUGAUGAAGUUCAAUCAUAUCUACAUGUAUGAAGAAGUUAAAUUUUUCCUCAAGAUCGAGUAUAUCUGAGAAUUUAUCAUUUGUUAGGGAAGAUGACAGACACAAAAAUGCAGUUUGCAAAGCAUUUUAAUAUUUACUAAAGUAAUGAGGUUAAAUGAAUUGUUUACUUGUAUUUUCAUUGCUUUUAUGAUCUUGACAAGUCUAAAGGUCAAGGGCAAACAUGAAUCAAUGGUUAACACUCAAACUAGUUAUUAUUCACUUUUUUAUGAUCAACACAAGUUUUGUAUUAAAAAUGUGCUUGAAUGGAAUAACUAAGCAAUGGAGUUCUCUGAUGAAGUAUGACAUCAGUUGUAUUACCACCAGAUAAGCACGUAUACUGGCUUAGCCAGCAUUUUUGUAUGUGUUUUAAAUUGUCAUUUUGUUGAUUUUAUUGCUUGUUGUUUUUUUUUUUUUUCAUUUAAUGAUUGUCAAAUGAUCUCGAAAGUUUUGUUUACACAGAUUCGUGGUUGAUUUUAUGUGUGUGUUGUAGCAUUAGUUCAGUUGUAGAGUGAAUGGAAUCAUAUUGUAGGCCAUGUUCAUAUUAAGAGGUUAAUUCUAUGUAAUAGACCGUCGUCCGCUCAAUAGGGUAGUGUGUACAAAAGAUUAGUGUUUACAUGUACUUUAUAAAUAUCAAGUGUGCGUCAUUUCUCCUUAACUUGUGAGACUGCAUGCGUAGACAAAUCAGUUAAACAGUCAUAUUUGUUAAAGUGUGAUCAAAUAGGGUUAAAUUUGAACAAAAGGGGAAUUUUAUCUGAAACCAAGCUUACUUGUUAUUUACAUGUCGUUUGUUUUUACCCCAAACCCAGUGUUUAUUGCUAAAACAACUUGUUUCUUUUGCAACAUUAGAUUAAUAUUAUGCUUAACAAGAUGAAAUUAAAGUAGAAAAAGUGGGAGCCACAUUACUGGUGUCCUAAACUAAGUUGUUACAUGGAUAUUAUAAUAGUUACGAUCUGUUCUGACUUGUUUACUAUGACCCGCUAAGACCCGCUAUGACAGUCAUUUAUUGAGUAAUGAUGAGUAAUGUAAUCAGUGUUGACAGACUUGAAUCAAAGAAAUUAUCCUAUGACUUUUGUAACAGUUAAAACAUUUCAACAUGUAUGACUUUGCCUUACGAUUCAAAACAAUUCACUUUGAAUACUGAGCGGACGUUUCUAUGUGUUUACGUUUUACUGGGCCAUACCAGGGCAUUGUUGUAGUUUUAGGCAAGUACCAGGCCUAUUGUUUCAUGGGUAUAACUGUACAAAUACUAUAGAGGUGGCGUUUAUUUCUUUAGUAUAAUUUUAGGCAAAUAUAUAUGUUUAUGUAAUAGUGUGUGCAUAUUUGAAGGAAAAGACAGUGGUACACGUAUCGCUAUUGCGAAGUCAACUCUGCGCCCUGUUGGACUUAUCCACAGUUAAGAUGACAUACUGUUACUGUCGUUAAAUGAUCAUGUUGACUUGAACAGAAUGUUGUCGUAUUAGACCCAGUCAUUAAAUUGACAUUUUUAUAUCUGUAGUUAAGAUGUGUGGUGCACUAUAUAGAACGUUACGAUCAGGUUAAACAAAAUUUAGAUAUUACGUUUUACCGUAUAGGCUACCUAUAUACCAGAAAUUUCACCGAUUUCGUGUGAUAAACCUGUUUUUUUUUGGAAGAAAUCGGAGCUCUUUUUUUCUUCUUCUUAUUUUGUAUCUACUGGCUCAUAAUAACAAAUCUGUGUGGAACCAGAUGAGAAUAGAGCAUAUUAUACAUAGUUUA